AUGCCUGCUUUCAGAUACAACGUCGGCUAUACGGCCAGGGUGAAUCCCACGGGCAUUCCUGCCGGGGACCGUCUCACGAAGACCGAGUUGUGGCAAGGCGUUAAGCGUGGCGCGCGGUUUCCAGGAGACUUUGCCGAACACGUCCAACGAUGCACUGUAUUGUCGGGCUCCGGGGACAACUUUGUUCGAGAAAUUGUCAUUGGCAAGCAUGGUGUACACGCAGCUGAGGGGACAGCGAUGAUCCAGGACGUAGCCCUCGUAGAUGGCCUCUAUUUGCUUGCGACUACUCGCGGUUCCGGCGCCAAAACAACCAUGAUGGUCACUUACGGAUGCGGCGAAGCCGACUUGGACGCCCAAGAAAAUGAUCCGCAUCUCACACUGUUUUACGAGCUAGUUAUGGACGAGAACGAGUCUCCCGCUGCAGGUAGUGAUGAGGCCAAGGGUAUCAUUAGUGGGUAUCGGGAGCUGGCGAAACGUAUUGUCGGUGAAAGCAUCGAUUUGAUUCGGGCAUGGAAGAAAAGCGGUCGGCUGGCUGAACUCGUCGCUCAGGAAACAAGCGAAGUGAAAUUGAACGGGAGCAAAUAG